GAAUUGUGAAUAGCAAUGGAUAUCACUAAAGCUGGAAGCGUUAACGUUGAAGCAAUCUCCAAACUCAGGAUUGGCUCCGACGAAGGAUUGGGAGAUUCAUCUAAUGAAGUUGCAGUUGCUCAAAAGACAUAUGUUAGUUUAUUUCAUGAGCUUUGCACAAAAUUUGGUUUUGGUAUGCCCAUGUAUGAUUUAGUAGAAGAAUCAGGGGAAGCUCACCAGAAAAAUUUCCGAAUAAGCUUAACAGUUUGGAAAUUGGGUAUUUCAGUGGUUGGAAAAGCCAAAACAAAAAUGCAGGCAAAACACGAUGCAGCAUACAAAAUGAUGAUGCUGUUAAAAAAAACUACCCAAAGUGGAGGAACACUUAAUAGUAUCACUCAAGACAUUUUAGUGAAAUGCUUUGAAUGGAUGAAAACAUUUGAAUUUCUAAAUGAAGAUGUGGUGCAGCAAACAGCAGAAACAAAAAAUUCAGCUGGAAUGCUGACAAGUUUUGCUUUAACACGACAUCUUAACCUUCCUGAAUAUGAAGUUGUUAGCAUUACAGGUCCUUCUCAUUUUAGACAAUUUGUUAUGACCUGCAAAAUGUACGAACACGUUACCCGUGGAGAAGGAAAAUCCAAAAAAAUCUGCAAAAAUAUAGCAGCAGAACAAAUGUUAUUACUCCUUCAGCAUCAAUUCCCAGUUUAGAAUGAUUCAAAAUGUAAAAAGAAAUUGCCAGAGAGGGGAAGAUAUCAGGAAACUUUAUUCUUUGAAAUGAUGCCUAUCAAUCCUUGUAUGAAUUUUCACCGUUACGAAAAUGUUUAUCGCAAAGGAAAGUGUUCGGGUUGUAGGCUGAUGCUAUUGGACAUCCCCCUUGGCGAGGUCGACCACUUUUCAAACACAUGAAGAAAUGCUGACAAUCCUCCUUCUAUCCGACCGCUUCACAUUAUAAUUGAUUUAGAAUAUUUACUAAACGUAAUUCUCACUUUAGGGAAGCGUUCAUGAUCACCAAAGAACAGAACAACAUUGUCUGACUGUACGUUUGAUCCGUACGGAUAAGUGAAGUUCAAAAUUUUCACCUGAGCAUUCUGCGUGGUUUGCCAUAUCGGGAAACUCACAAACCGCUUGAUCCUCAUCGAAAAUUAAACCUCCGAAGCGAUCAUUUUUAAAAGCAGAGUCCGUUGGAGUGAGUCUUCCUAAAAGUCUUGGACACACAACGUUUCUCCGUGGCGCUUCCAUAACAUUCAAAAAUAUAACUCGCUGAGGCAUGAAACAAGAUUGACUUCCAGGUUCAUAGACCUGCCCGUCUGGACAGAGUUCUUCAGUCAUUUCACCAUUCCUGCACCUGUAGAAUUGGUCGCAUUGUUCCGAAUCUGCAAUCGAGUAAGAAAACCGUUUGCUUCGACAUGGUCGCACUGGGUCACAGGUAAUUUUAACCAGGAAAACAUUUUGUAUAGUCAGGAAUAAGAGUUUUCAUGUUUCAGUGUUAUGAUACAAUCGUAUGCUAGGAAACCAACCUGCAACCACAAGCUACACAGUGUUCUUUACGUGAUUAUGGUAUACGUCAUCAUGCUGGCUACUGAGGAGGAACUUUGCUUAUCUAUUUCAUGAACCCACAUUCUGGACUAACACGCUGACUGUACGACUACUGAAACCAAGGCCGUUGUUUUGUUUUGGUACUAGGACGUCCAGGAGUAAGUUUCUUUUUUUCAAGGUACAUGUCUCUGCAUAUUUUCUUUCUCUUGAUGACCAUUGUUUUGCAUAGAUUAUCAAUUUUCCGAUAGAAGUUAUCUGUAAAGUGUAAUGCAAUCCUCGCCCGUAUUAAGUUUACGUAACGACCAGAUGUACAUUCUUGGAAAUACCGCUGGUCCUUGAGGGCAGAGUGUAAGAUGCCAACACUUCUAGCAAUCACGAUUCGUCUCGUCCAGUUAGAUUUCGAUUUCCACGUACAGUACUUGCUUUCUGUUUUUCCCGCAAGAGAAGCUUUCACUUUCGAAUUGAAUAGUCAUUAAGAUACUUUUCUUGCAUAAGGCAAAAGAUCGUGGAACCUGCGGCAAUAAUUUGUAACGUACCUUUCUACUUACCACCGCAGAACGUACCAUCCUUAUUGUUCAGGUUAGGUUGUGCACGUUGUUCUCAGUAAGGAAAGCUUUGUUAGCACCUCCUUUUAGUGCCUGGAGCUCUAGAGCUUUGAAAAGUUUUUCCCGUCUACCGCGUGCCUUCAUAUAAAGUGGGUUCCACCGAGCGCGAAUCCAAGUCAGUUGUGCGUUUACCAUUGCCAUAAUGCUUUCAUGGCUUUUUUCAGUUUUCUUAGCAAUGUUUCAUUUUGUAGCUUGGUGUGGUUUGCUGGUGCUGAUUUGUCUAAUCUGCUGGGCAAAUAACAACCGUGCAUUCGCUCGUAUUGUCUUCCUUGUUUCUCCGUUAAAUGCUGUGAGUUUUUGACAUAUGCCUGAAGGCCACGCCAAAAUUUUACCAGACUGAAGUUCAGUGUUUAGUCCUACCCGAUGCUGGUAACUACUAGAUGACGAAGCAUUUUGCUUAACGAUAUUUGAUUCUCAACACUGUGCAUUCGAAAUCCUAUUUCCAUUAUCGCCGUUGUGUCAAUCCGCACGUAAGCCUACGUUAAAUUUGUAUAAAAUGUGUAUGUUUUAAACUCACUAGCAGUCUUUCAUGUUAACUGUUUCAUCAAGCUUCUGAAUACAGCGAACCGGUUGAAUCCA